ACGCCCCCCAGUGAAAAAAGCCGUUUCUCCGUUUUCGCGGUGUCGGUAACUGUCAGUUUCCCUCCGCUCGUAAACUCACCUGUGUGGACUCAUUUUGCCCAAUUUUAGACAACAGUAAACACAAGGUGCUAUGGAGAUGGUUACCGUGGAAAUGCUCUGAGUGCAACAGUGGGAGAAGGAAAUGAAGUCAAGGCCACAAGAAAAGCAGACAUAUGUGAGAAAAUGAAGGGAAACAUAGAAGGCAGUGAAAGUUCUUGUCCUUUAACAUCGACACAGGACAUAGACCACGAGUUGGAUUUAGAUCUGCUUUGCUGGGGUAGUGGGGAGCUUGGCCAGUCUGAACGUGGGAGGUCAGAGGGCAUCGCUCCAGAGGAGGCCCAUCGGAGGGAGUUCACGCAGGCUAGGCUGGGCACUGUGAAGCUGCUGGCAUGUGGAUCUAGUCAUUCCAUUGUGGUCACAGUGGAUAACAAGAUCUUUGCAUGGGGAAAUGGCACCAGUGGGCAGCUUGGAGAUGGACGGAGAGAAGUAAAAGACCAUCCCGUCGAGGUUAAAUUGCCACAGGAAGUAAAAGUUAAAGGAAGCGAUAUGGAUGUGGACAACAUAGUUGGGGUGGCCUGUGGAAGCAGACACUCCUUCAUAUGGACGCAAACUGGGCAGGCCUACAGUUUCGGGAACAACUUUUACGCCCAGCUUGGCUAUGACUUCCAGAGGGCCGACUUCAAAGAACACCAGCUGGCACCACAUUUGUUCCAAAGUCUUCCAUCAUCUCUGAAAAUAUCACAAGUGGCCUGUGGAGAGCGACAUACCCUGUUUGCACUGGAGGAUGGCAGUGUGGCGGCAUGUGGGCACAAUGAUUAUGGACAAAUAGGCAGCGGCUCUAAUGAAAGUGUGGUCAUCCCCCGCUUUGUGGAGUGUGUGGGUCGUGUGUCGAAGGUCACCUGUGGGGCUAACCACAAUCUUGUGCUGACAGGUGAGGGCAAGCUGUUUCAGUGGGGCUGUGGACGCGCGUGUGGGAACGCGAAGAAAAACAUCCUGUCACCAGAGGAGGUGCCGCUGCCCCCGAGCUCGCCAGUACGAGAGAUUGCUGGAGGAUGUUGGCAUAGCAUGCUUCUGACAGAUGGUGGGAAUGUCUUCUCCUGGGGAAUGGGGCAAGAGGGACAGCUUGGACUCGGCGAGGACAGGAAUCCCGUCUCCUCUCCUUGUCUUCUCAGCUAUUCUCGGCUAGCCAAAGUGACACAGAUACAAGCAGGGGACAACUACGGUGCAGCUGUCACAGCAGGUGGAGAGCUGUUUCUCUGGGGUCAGGUCCCGUGUUUGUCCGUGGGCAGUGAUCGUCCAGGCCUCAAAAAGCUCCGGACCCCUCAGCCUGUUCUACUGGGAGGCAGAAAGGUGUGCGAUGUCGCCUGUGGUACCUGGCACAUGAUGGCUCUCGCCACAGGGAUCAGGGAGACGAACAGAGAACGUGAUCAACCAGAAUAUGAAGCUGUCUUCAGAGACCUCAUCAGCAAUCCCCUCCUGACAGAGCACGCAGAGAAAGAAAACACGGUAAAAGACCUCGAGCACAGGAGUCAGGUUGUGGAGAGACAAGCAGGCACUGAGGAGCAGCAGAACAAUGACAAAAGUUACUGUGCAGACAAAGAAGAAGAAGAAGAAGAAGGAAGUCAAGAAAGACCUAACAACGAUGAAGUAGAUGGAGUGUUACACGAUUCAGCAUUUACCUUAUCCAGGUCUGAAAUGGGGAUGGACAGGAGAGUAAAUGACCACUCAUCAAUCAAAUCCAACACGGUGAAAGAGGGAGGCGGUUGCAGAAGUGCAGGGCAACUGGAGCUGAGGAAAGAACCUGCACGCAGAGACAGACCAAGCCGAGACAUCGUCUUCACCACGCUGCAUCUUUUACCCAGGUCGGCGGGAGAGCAGUGCAGGCCGAUGUCCAGCACUCUGCCAAGGCUCCGGACAGGACGCGAGGCUCAGAAUGAAAGAUCUACAUAUCUGACUGAGCUGGUCCAAAAAUCUGGAAGUGAUAGCAGCAUUUCACAGAGUCCCAAGUUUAGACUAAAACCCAGACCUCCUGGCAGAUGCACAUGUCCUGGGGCUCAGAGGGGAGCCUCUUGUCACUAUUCGAGAACAAGACUUCACGCUGGCCUCGAGUCUCCGAUUUAUAAUUCCUCUCCCCAUCUGAACCCUGGACAUUGACUUCAGACGUCGCCGUCGUCUUCCCGGCCGGGAUUGCAGGCCUCGCGUCCUCCGUCUCGUUCCUCUCCUGGACCGUUCAGGUACGGCUCCGAGCACAGUGGAGCGGAUUCUUCCUGUGACACUUUCUUGGAAUGAUCUAUAAAAAGCAGAGCAGAGCAGUUGACAGUUAUCAAAUGGAAAAGCACAAUUUGAAACAGUGCAAAGGUAAGACACAUGUGAUGCAGCAUAUUUCACCCAGGGUUUAUAUGGUUUCAUUAAUGGCGAUUCAAGUUUUGAAAAAAGUUAAUAUUUUGAUGGUAAAUCACACAAUGAGAUCUGUACACAUAAUAUAACUCAUUCACGCCCUAAUAAAACAACCCCACUCACCCAUCUCUGAUCACCACCUAUACUUAUGUAGUCUCACUGUUGACGUUUAUGUCGAGUCAUGCGAACCACUCCAAAUCAAAUGAUGUUUAUUGAAUCACACCCCUGCUCUACGCAACUCUGGCUUGGGAGAGACGGCGUCGCUGCGCACUCCAUUAUCCAACACAAACACUAAUCACGCACAAAAAGAAACGCGUUUGGGUCUGAGAGCCUCGUCGGCUCCGUGAGAGCUCUUGAAGACUGAUUCAGAUCUGCACUGAAGGGCAACACUUUACCCCCAAAACUGUGAUUUUAUUAUAAACCACCUCAGUAACUGACACUCGUGAACCUUGACCCAAUCUGGGCUUUUGUUGUUGUGUGUGCGGUGAAAGCUGCUGCGUGUAGGAGUUGCAUACAGUCCGCGAACAUUUCGACAGAACUUGAGAGGGUUGAGGAUUUUUUUUUUUCCCCCUGCACACCACCAAGCCACAUUGAUUUUAAUACUUACAGUAUGUUGUUUAUUGAAGACAUAACGCCCUCUCAGAUCUUGGCCUCUUGUAAGACAUUUCACGGUGGAGUGUUUUCAUGGCUGCCCAUCUCUGCUGUAUGAGUCACAUGUGCCUGCUACUAUGGCUCUUUUGAGUGUGAGGAAAUUGAUUUGUUGCAGAGAUAAUGCUAUAUGACGAGGUUUCUCUUGGUAAAUAGGAUCAUUCCUUUGAGUUUUCUGUGCUCCGAGCCUCGCUCUCUCUCUCUCUCUC